CAUUCAAUCUGUAUCUGCUAUUGGAUCAGGCAAUCAGAAAAAAUAAAAAUAAAUAAAUCAAUCAAUAAAUCUAAUUGUUUUCUGCAAAACUCCACCAGACUGUUGUUGUAAAUGUCCCCUAAUACUACUGUAUCAUUCUUUAAUAAUUGCAUGCCAAAUUAUGACAAAUGAUAGCUUCAUCAUUAUACAAUAAAAGUUGGAAAAUGAAUUCCGUCACUUAAAAAAAUAAUAAUAAUAAUAAUAAGAAAAAUAUAAUGGAUCUAAUUGAUAUAGAAUAUAAAAUUGUUGUACAAAAUAAUCCAAAUUAUGCAUUCAUUUAUCAGCAUUCCACAUUAAAAAAGGAAAAAGUAUACAGCUUUGAACCCUAAAAGACAAAUAAAAACACUAUUAUAGUAACAUAAAUGGUGAAAACUUAAAUAGACGGCCGAGAAUAUGAAUAUGAAUAAAUAUGACAGCCGAAGGUGGAUUUGCUAAAGAAGACGGGAGCGCCUUUAACACGCUCGCACGUUGAUCUACCACCCACCGCCGAGUAGACGUGCAAUGAACUUGAAGCGCAGAUAGCGUGGCCGCAGUAGAGGACGACGAAGAGAAAGACUUUGAAGAAGUUUGUUUCUGAACAGACAGCAGAUCUUUGUGAUUCUCGAGAGUCUGUAAAGAGUGUCUUCAACAGUUCUGAAGAACCAAGAAAACUCAGCAGUGUCCUGUCUGCAGGAGAAGAUCAUCAAAAUCUAGUCCUCCAUUAAAUCUUGCAUUACAAAACUCGAGUCGUUCAUGGAGGAGAGAAAUGAGAGUCGUUCAUCAGGAUCUGAGGAGAUCUGCAGUUUACACAGUGAGAAACUCAAACUCUUCUGUCUGGAGGACAAACAGCCGGUGUGUGUAGUGUGCAGAGAUUCAGAGAAACACAUCUGUCACACAUUCAGACCCAUCAGUGAAGUUGUUCCCUCGUAUAAGGAGGAGCUCAAUACAGAACUGAAGUCCUUACAGGAGAAACUUCAACACAAUGCAAAAAUGAAAGGAGAGUUUGAGAAAACAGUUCAACACAUCAAGUCUCAAGCUGAGGACACAGAGCGUCAGAUUAAACAGCAGUUUGAGAAGCUUCAUCAGUUUCUCAGAGAUGAAGAAGAAGCUACAAUCACUGCACUGAGAGAGGAAGAGGAGCUGAAGAAGCAGAUGAUGAAGGGGAAGCUGAAGGAGAUGAACAGACACAUCUCAGCUCUUUCACACACAAUCAAAGACACAGAGGAGAUGAUGAAAGCCAGUGACGUCUGCUUUCUGAAGGAGUUUCCAGUCACGAUGGAAAGAGUCCAGAUCUCAUCACUGCCGGAUCCACAGAAGCCUUCUGGAGCUUUGAUUCAUGUGCCACGUUACUUGUCAUAUUAUCAGAAGGAGGAAGAUCAGUAAUAAAAUCCACCCCUAGUUGUGACCACAGGUGAUUAGGGACGGGCAGAGGAUGGAGCUUGCCUGAUUUUAGAUUGCAUGGGCUUUUAUAGAUGGCGCUGUCUGUACAUCUGUUCACAUACCUUCUGACAUCAGAGGCCAUGUUGGGCCACCAAAAGCGUUCCCUUAGCAAUGAGAGGGUUUCAUUGACCCCCGGGUGACCAGUGCCAAGAGAAGUGUGAGCGGAGUGAAUAAGUGGAGUACGCCGUGUCCUGGGGAUGUACUGGUGUCCCGGUGGGCAACCUGGCGGGGGGUUGGUAGCAGGAUUGGAUGGAGGAAGGGUUUCAGCAGACCAGGUAAUGGGGCUGAUGAUGACUCUUUCUGGGAGUAUGGUCUCUGGUUCCUCUAGGUUUUCUUCGGGGGCGUCACACCGGGACAGGGUGUCAGCCUUCACAUUCUUAGCCCCUGGGCAAUAUGAGAUGGUAAAGUGGAAGCAGGUGAAGAAUAGCGCCCAGCGGGCCUGUCUCGGAUUUAACCUUUUGGCGACCCGAAGAUAGUCAAGGUUCUUGUGGUCAGUGAGAACCAGAAAGGGGUGUUUGGCUCCCUCCAGCCAAUGACUCCAUGCUUCCAGGGCCAGGUUGAUGGCCAGCAGCUCACGGUUGCCGAUGUCAUAAUUUACUUCUGCCGGGUUGAGCUUUCGGGAGAAGAAGGCGCAUGGGUGGAGGUGACUGGGAUUCCCCUGCUGCUGAGAUAAGACCGCUCCCACUCUGGUAGUAGAGGCGUCGACUUCAAUGACGAAGGGUCGAUUGGGGUCAGGAUGGACCAGGAGUGGAGCGGUUGUAAAUGCCUUCUUGAGGUAGUUGAAGGCCUCUGUGGCGGCUGGAGUCCAAGAGAGUGAUUUUGGUUUAUUCCGGAGGAGGCUAGUGAGAGGGUUGGUGAUGGCACUGUAAUUUUGGAUGAAACGUCUGUAGAAAUUGGCAAAGCCAAGGAAUCGUUGGAGUUCUUUGAUGGUGGUAGGAAUGGGCCAAUUACUCAAAGCAUUUACCUUCCCGUUGUCCAUCCGGAUGCCACUGCUGUUGAUGUUAUUACCAAGGAACUGCACUGAGGGCUGAUGGAAGGAGCAUUUCUCGGCCUUGAGGUAGAGCUGAAAGGCCCUCAGGCCGACGAUGUUCACGACGAUGUUCCACUAGGCUCUGGGAGUAAAUGAGGAUAUCAUCAAUGUAGACGAGGACGAACUUAUGGAGGAACUCCCGGAGCACCUCAUGGAUGAAAUCUUGGAAGACGGAGGGGGCGUUAACAAGUCCAUACGGCAUCACGCAGUAUUCAUAGUGGCCAGCAGGGGUGAUGAAGGCAGGUUUCCAAUCGUCCCCCUCAUGUAUCCGGAUUAGGUUGUAGGCGCUGUGGAGGUCCAACGUGGUGAAGAAGUGGCACCACAGAGAUGUUCCAGGGCAGCUGGGACAAGGGGAAGUGGAUAUCGGAACUUGACAGUUAUGUUAUUAAGAACCCGAUAAUUGAUACAGGCUUGUAAGCCUACGUCCUUCUUUUCUACGAAGAAGAAACUCAAAGCAGCAGGGGAAGUAGAUAGACACAUGUAACCCUGUGCCUCCUUGAUGUACUCCUCCAUGGCCUUCUCCUCCGGAAGGGAAAGGGGGUAGAUCCUUCCUUUAGGCACUAGUUCACCCGGAAACAGAUCGAUGGCACAGUCCCACGGCCAGUGUGGAGGCAGCUUGGAAGCCCGUUUGGGGCAGAAUACGUCACUGAAGGGGGCAUAGAAUGUCGGGAUGGAAAUGGAUUGGUUUUUCACUAGUCUCUCAAUAGAGGUAGUACAAACUGCAAGAGGUGCAGGGGUAGGUUUGACUUGGACAGGACAACCGGUGAUGCAGCUCUGGAAACAGGAAUCGCCCCACUUCACGACUUCGCCCAUCUUCCACGAGAUGACAGGGUUAUGCUGCUCCAACCAUGGGUGCCCUAGGAUGAAGUCAGCGGUGGAUUCCUCCAGAACCAGCAGGUGGAUCUCCUCUUGGUGCAGUAGUCCGGUUCGGAGGGUAAUGGGACCCACACUAUGACGCACACAUCUUCUACUCAAUGGCCUUCUGGUUAUUUUUUGGACCUGGUCGGCAAACGGCUUUACUGUGGUAGCGAGUUUGAGCUGACGGCAGAGGGCGCCUGAGAUUAAGUUGCCGGAGGACCCAGAAUCGAGGAAGACUGGAAGAGAGAUGUCAGCGGCAGUAAGUGUCACAAUAGUGGUGAGUGGCACGGACGGGGCAUACAGAGGUGAUGUGCCCCGGGGAUGCACAGUAGAGGAAUAAAUUAUGGGCCAGCCGUCUGACUUUCAGAUGCAGUGAGUCGAUAGGAGUCGACUAGCAUAGGUUCGUUGGCUGGUUCUGGGGAGCUGACGGCAUCUGGUUGGCAGAGUGGCGAGUUGGAAUAUGCCUGGUCCUGAAGCUCUUCUAGGCAUGACUGCAUACGAGUGGCGAAGCGGAUCGAGAGUUCGAUGGUAUCCUCAUAUGCAGCGAGAUGCAACCGCACUCAAGGUUCCAAUCCCUGAUGGUAUGUAGUCAGCAAGGGCUGUCCAUUCCAUCCAAUGGUGGCGGCUAGAGUCCUGAACUGAAGAGCAUAUUCAUUGACAGACAUUUUUCCCUGUUUAAGGUUAUACAGCUUUUCACCAAUGGACGAGUCCCAAGUUGGUCUGCCAAAAACUUCUCGCAAAUGGUCGAUGAAGCUGGAAUAAGACUGGAUAACUGGGUAAUUCUGAGUCCAACUUGAAUCGGCCUAAUGAAGUGCUUUACCUUGCAGUUAGGAUAUUAUGAAUGCUACCUUGGAUCUCUCAUUGGGUAUAAGUGCGGUUGCAUCUCCAGGACCAGCGAGCAUUGAAGUAGAAAACCACUGCAAUCCUCGGCCGAACCAGAGUAGGGCAGGUGAGGAAGUGCUGGCAUUGUUGGAGGAAGUGCUCGCUGGUGUCAGGGAUGUGGGUAGAGUGGUGAGUGUCCAACGUAAUGCGUCGAUCAGGUCUUGGAAGGGGUCCGUGAGGCUCAUGAUUGUGUCGAUCGGUGUUGGUCCAGUCUUCUUUUACAGAAUACCACAGGAGGCUGAGGAUAACAGAAAGACAGUUUUAUUCAGGCACAAGCAGAGGAGCGGGUAGUGCUGGGUAAAGUGAUGUGGAGGAAGGCUGUGAUGAAUGGAUCCGUAGUAGAGGGGUAGAGACGUCAAAGGAGGGAGGUGAACCACACACACACGGAGAUGACUGGGAACUUCUGGAGAUCGCUGGAGAGAGGUAAUUAGAGAUACAGUUAGUCCUUAGAGAUAGCAUAAAGGUAAGACCUUGUUGCGAACGAGACCGGACGCUGACUGAGUGCGUGUGUGGUAUUUGUAGUGCAGAGGUGAUUUGAUGUCGAUGAGGAUCAGGUGGAAGUGCUCAGUACUCAGCUCCUUUGAUUCUGGAUCCAAACACUGGACAUCCACGUCUCGUCCUGUCUGAUGAUCUGACCAGUGUGAGACUAAGCAUGAACAAUCAACCUCUUCCUGAUAAUCUAGAGAGAUUUAACUAUUAUCCCUGUGUUCUGGGUUCAGAGGGUUUUAACUCAGGAAAACACUGCUGGGAUGUGGAGGUUAAAGAAAGUCCAGUCUGGAUACUUGGAGUAACUACAGAAUCAAACCAGAGGAAGGGAGGUGUUUUCUUUAACACUGAUGUCUGGAGUGUGACGAACAGAUGUUCUGACAGGCUUGGUUUUCGUGUUAAACAGAAGCUUGAGCGUGUGAGAGUUGAUCUGGACUAUGACAGAGGAACAGUGUCAUUCUCUGAUCUUGUAACUAACACACAUCUACACACAUUCACAACCACCUUCACUCACACACUCUUUCCUUUCUUCUGGUGUGGUUUCUCUCUGAGGAUAUUAUCAUUCAAUGGUCAAUAAAUGUUACUCCUGUAGUAAUAUUUAAUCAAUAUCACAAUUUCAAUAUUUGUUCAGCAUGAGACUCAAAGAAUAAUUGUUUAUUUCAGUUAAAUGAUAAUUUUUUCAUUGAUGUAAUAUACAUACUUACUAUAGAAUACUUUUUAAAAACUGUUUAUAUCGGUUUAUAAUCUCUGGGAUUCUGAACAAAGUUUGAAAAUAAUAACAAUUGCUAAAUAUUUUUUUUUGUAAUAUUAAUAAUGUGAUUAUAUGAUUUUAAUAAUUAAAGGUUAGAUGUUUGGUCAUGAUUGUCACAGUGCGAAAGAGGCGAAGACGCAAAUGCAGGCAGAAUGGUCCUCUUAAUACAAAAAUGAAACAAAACUAACAAAAACCACCCAGAGGGGGACAAACAGGCAGGCUAGAAACUGUUCUACAAACAGACAUAACAUCAUGAUGGAAAACAACAGAUCAGCACAGGAUUACAGACACCAGGAGAAUAAAUAGGGAACCUAACAGGGAGACACAGGUGUGGCAACUAAAACAAUAAUGAUGUAACUAGAUGGGUGGGGUCAGAAAAUAGACAGGAUAGAGCACAUGGCACCAAAUAAAACACAACACUCACAAAAAGACAGUGCCAUCUGGUGGCCCUCCCAAGCAUAACAGCUGAAGACUGUGACACUGAUAAGUAGGGUUUAAUCAUGGAAAUGCAUUGAGUGGGAACCCUGAGAAGUGAUUAUUUAUGUUUCUCAAUAAAUGAAUGUAAUUGA